AUAUAUAUAUAUAUAUAUAUAUAUAUGCACACUCGUUGCACCACGCACGGGUGCCCUCACUUUGCCAAACUGGGCAACUACUGCCUCUACCACAGCCGCGCCUUCGGUCUUAUGUCAUUGCCACUUCGAAGGCCAUACACCCCCACCGCUGCCAACGACACAUUUCCCUUUGUGAGGAGCUCCGACAAGGCACACGGUUCAGACGUCGCAGCCAAGCCCCAGGCGCGUUAUGACCACCCAAACAACUCGUUGCCGAGACUCAAAAGCGCUCGAAUGUGCAGAGUCGCAGGGUGCAGUUCAUACGCCAGACGACAAGGCAGAUGCUCUCGACACGGCGGCUCCAUCACGUGUGCAGCAGAAGGGUGCGCGACUCCAGCGCAAACAGGUGGAAAGUGUCGGGCGCAUGGAGGGGGGUCACUGUGUAAAAUGGAUGGCUGUGGGGCGUUUGCGAGGACCCAAGGACUGUGUGGACAGCAUCGGCAGGUCGCGCAGCAGACCUUGGCAGCGCGAUCUGCAUAAACCAGUUUACGUGUUUAAUGGAAGUGAACGUAGAAAGGAAAUACACUGUGCUGAAGAGUAAAAACAAACUCCAUUACGCAGCUCUGUUUAAUAUUGAAAAUCUACAUCGUUAACGUUGGA